AUGGAGGGGCCGCGCGACGGUCCUCCGCCGGGGAGUGGUUGCCUUCUGGUGCUGUGCGGGAAGAGCAGGGUGGAGAAGGACCAGGCUAGAUCACUGGCGGCCAAGGGAAGCCUGAAGCUCAAGCAUGACGGUAACGAGAUCGCGAUUACCCUGCGCGCCGCGGAGGGGGAAGAAAGCUCUCUGGCCUCGCCGGAAGAGACAUUCAGGACGCAGAUGUAUAUGGGAGCCCUCUCCACAAGCCGCUUCGGGGGGUUCCUCCUCUGGUCCCCGUGCCUGCCCUCCACUCAGGAUGUCGUCUCCCAGUGAGUCAAGCCUCCCUCACUGUAUUUGUUAUCUUUCCUCGUACUUCUUUGUGAUCAUAAUGGGUUGCCAAUAGGAAUUUUGGUGAGCUUCCCAUCGGGGCAGUGUGUGUUGCUGACUUUCAAUCAAGGGGCAGAGGUAUGUAGUUCGUCGCUAACAGCCAAAGUUCUGUUGAUUAUUUUCAUCUCUCUUAGAAAUAUUUUAGGUCAUUUUUCUCGCCGAACGUUCUGUAGGCCGGACGAAGAAUGUGUGGGAGUCACCCGCUGGUUGCCUCAUGUUCUCAUUCACCGUGGAGAUGGAAGACGGGCGCGUUGUUCCACUCUUACAGUACGUAAUAUCCCUCGCUGUAAGCGAAGCGACGAAGGAGAUCUGCCGGGCGAAAGUAAGUUGUUAGCUGCCCCUAUCACGUUUCUCUUUCUGCCCUCUUAAAUCUUGACAUGAUUGCUUAAUGAUCUGGGUCAUUGAAAACAGCUGAAGGUCUAUUUUUUUUGCUUUUAUUACAUAAAUCAGUUUCUCAGCCUUUUUUUCUUCUCUUUUUCUCUCACGCUCUCUCUCUAAUCCUUAUAAUCUAACUUUGGUUGUAAAAUUUAUUAAAUUUCAGGGUUUGCCACCACUUGACGUUAAAAUCAAGUGGCCAAAUGAUCUUUAUUUAAAUGGUCUUAAGAUUGGAGGCGUCCUAUGCACCUCAACGUAUAAAUCAAAGAAGUUCAGUGUCAGUGCUGGUAAAACGGUCUCUUUGUUGGUACCCAUAUGAACUAAAUUUGCAGAAAACUUUAAUGCUAACAUUCGCAUGUUUUACUUUUCACUGUAAUGAACAUCUCGUUUGUUGGAUACACGGAUUUCUGUAUUCCCAUAACUAUUUUAUUUUCUGAUUUAUGUGUGGAUGUCCUGUCUUUGAAAACUUGAUCUCGUUAAAAAAAAUCUCUGGAAUUUUUCUAAUGAAGGAACCUGGAUAUUUUGUAGGCGUUGGAUUGAACCUGGAUAAUGAGAAGCCGACCACAUCUUUGAAUGCAGUUUUAAGAGGAAUAACUUCUGUCUCACACCAACUACAGAGAGAAGAAAUCCUCGCAUAUUUUUUUAAUAAUUUUGACCAUCUUUUUGAGAAAUUUUUGAAUGAAGGUAAACAAUUUUCUUAAAUUCGUCUUUCUUACUCGCUCUUACAUUAAAACGUGCUAAUUUUUUUUAGUGGGUGUAGAAUGGAUAUUAUGAUUUGGCCAUGUGCUCUACCAUUGGUACCUUGAGUCUGAUUUACUGUGUGAGAACGUCUGAGUUCUGCUAUGUGACCAUGUCUGGAACGCUGAAAAGGAAAUAAGAGCAGUACGUGGCUUUUCUUGCCCGCAUCUCCCUCAUCUUCUAGGAACCGUUGAAGUUUAUUGCUCUUUACGAUUGAUGAUUCUCAUUAGUGGGGCCUUCUUUCAUCUCCCAGAAAGUCUUAACCAUUAAAAUGCAUUGUCUCACUCAUAUCUUCUAUCAUGCUUGUCAGCAAUCUGUAAUAAAAGGUAAAACUCAGGAAUCCCAUGAAACCCAAGAAUUCACAUGAUAACUAGAACACAAUUAUAAAGAGGUUGAAUAUUUAACUUAAAUAUCUUUUAUAUAGAAGUGUUGAGCCAGGAAUUAGGUAAUUUUGCAAGUUUAACGUAGGCCUACUCCCUAUUAUUUUCGUCAGCUCUUUUAUUAUGUUAGUGGUAUUGUUUUGAUUGAAAGGGCAGGGCUAAUUUCUCUUGAUAUGCCACGGAAUCUAGUUAAAAUAAUAUAAUAAUAUCUUAUUCCUGUUUAUAAUCCAGGCUUUCAAGCUCUUGAAGAGCUAUACUACAGAACGUGGCUGCACAGGCAAGACCCAGUUACCUUUUUCUAGCAUUUCUCUACUCUCAUAUUUAAUUGCAGCAUGCCGAUCUGUGCAUUAUGCAGAUAUGGUGCUGCUUGAAAGUUUUAAGUCAAGGCAGUGGUAAUCUUUUUUCAUGAUGCUCAAUUGCCAUGUAUCUUAUCCAGGCUGCUCAUUAAUUCUCCUGGUUGACUUUGAGGCCCACCAUACUUCCCAGUUGAUUUUUUUUGCCCCCUAAUUCCGACAUGAAAAUUUAGGUCAACAUUUUGGGAUUCUAUUGUCAUUGUCUCAGGAUACCAUGAAAUGGGUUUUAUGUAAAGAUUUUCAUACUCUUUCCCAUAAGUAUUCCGUCAAUUUGACAUCUACCCUGAAAUAGUGCUUUGUGUGUGUGUGUGUGUUUUUUUUUUUUUUUUUUUUUGUACUCGUGUUUAAUCCUUCUUGCUGGCGUUGCUUUCUUGAAGAAGUUUAGUUGUGAUUAUGGGUACAACUGCUCAUUUUUCUCCAUAAUUCAUUUUUAUACUAAUCCUAGAAGAGGAAAGUCUUCGGACGAAUCCAUAAAAAGGGAAAUUCUACUCGUCAUGUGGCAUUAGCUACGACUAUCCUCUUCUGGUUCAGCAAUCAAUCUUAGAGCUUGACCAUCAGACUGAAUACCCUUCAGAACUGUGACACUUGUCUGGCAAUGCUGGAGUUGCUUAUAAUAAAAUCAUCUAAAAACAGAGAUUUGAGCCUCACGUUCCUCACCAAAUUUUUAUUCCAUAAGCAACAUAUUGUUUCAAUGAAAAACCUUGAUCUUGGGGUUCAUGACGGUACCGGGUAGGUUUCAGUAAACCCAUCAGAAUCGCUGUGCUCGAUUUGACCGAAGGCUAUGGUUUCGUUCGUUUCGAAGGCUAGAAAUUCCUAGAUGACGAUUGAGCGGUAUGGAUUCUCAUAUGCAGUGGACAGAAGGUGGUGAUAAAGGAGGAACGGGGGGAUACGGCUGUGACAAUCCAGGUAAAUCAGAUGAGAGGCAGCUGCUGGUUUAGGCUUUCUCUGUACUGACUGCAAGAAUCGAUCCAGGGCUUGACACCCUCUGGAUAUCUACUGGCCGCUGAUGAUGCCGACAACUUGUAUGAGCUUCACCCUGACGGCAACAGGUGAUUCUCCCUUGAGUCACAUAAACCUUCUUGAACAUCAUCAAGAAAGUGUUCAUGGGCGAUUGAGACACUCUGUUCUGCUGAUAAAACCGGAAUUCAUGAGAGAGAGAGAGAGAGAUGUGAGAGUAUGGACUGAGGGGAAGUUACUUCUGAGUAACUGAGUUACCUUCCUUUUGUUUCACGUGAAUGCAGCUUGGACUUCUUCCAGGGUCUGGUGAGGAGGAAGCUGGGUUGA